UCCUCGUGCUCGGGAGUCGGGAUACAUCUCUGACGUUGCCACAGAGAGAAAAAAGGGCGUGGCGCCCUGCUCUGUUCGAGCUCGCUACUCGUCGUUCUCAGAUGUGGACGCGGCGGCUGUCAGCGACCAACAACAGGCGGAAAAGGAAGACGAAAACGCAGCCCAAACAUAGCAGCGCGCGCGGCGCCCCCACCGGAUGCCAUGGCACCAACCACGACGCGCGGCUACCUCGCCCUGCGACCUUGCCAGCCUCCUCCCACGUCGCGUCGCGUCUCCACCGGCCGGCGGGGGGCCGUGCCCACGCGCGCGUGGUGCAUGUCGGUGUCGUGCCGUCCCGGCGUCGCCUUCGCCGCUUCGUAAAGCUCACGGCUCCACCCUACCUGGUCACUGACGACGCCCAACCAAACCGUCCAAACGCCCGCCCGCGAGCGCCAUGAGCCACACACGCACGCGCCUGCCUAAAAGCCUAGCCGGAUCGUCCCUCCCCAUGCGCACAUGGACACGGUCGUGGCCACGGCCGCGCGCCGCCUCGUCGCCAAUGCCAUCCACGGCGACCCUCGCGCCCACCGCGCCGCCGGCGGGUCCUCCUCGAGGCUGGGUGCCGCCGCGCGGGCCCCGGCGCAGCGGGAGUCGUUCCCGAUGCUGCUGCCGGUGUUCGUCCUCUUCGUGCUCCUCCUCUGCUUCCUUUCCAUCUUCCUCCUGCGCGACCUCCUCCACUUCUUCUCCCUCUGGCUCCGCCGCCGGCGCCGCCUCCGCGCCGAUGCGGACGCCGCGUCCGGCGCCGGCGCCACGCCGGAAGCGCACGCGCCGCCCAAGCCGGCCGGGCUGGACCCCGCGGUCCUCGCCACGUUCCCCACGGUCCGGUGGAUCGAAGCGACGCCGCAGUCGUCCACGCCGGCGCACGCCGAGUGCGUGGUCUGCCUGUCCGAGUUCGCCGCGGGCGACGCCGUCCGCCUGCUCACCGUCUGCCGCCACGCGUUCCACACGGCGUGCAUCGACUCCUGGCUCGGCGCGCACACCACGUGCCCCGUCUGCCGCUCCGAACUCGACGCGCCCCCGCCCCGGCCAGGCGACGGCGACGGCGGCCGCAUCGCGAUCGUGGUUGACGGUCAGCGAGCCAGCACGGCGGUGGCGGAAACCGACCAGACGACAUCAAACCCGGGAAGCGGUGGCGUGCGAUCGCGACCUGACCGGUGACAUACAUGGUGGCCAGAUGCCGAGUGCCAGGCCGCCGGCGACUUGUCUAGAUUCUUAGUUUUUUUUUUGGUGUGUUUGCUCUGAGGAUGGAUAGCUGCCAGGAUCUGCAUCCAUGGUGAUGCUGGAAAUGUGAAUUUUUGUGUGUGAAUUUUCUGUAUAUGCUGAAGGAAUGAACGAACUGUA